GACGCCAAUCAAAACACAGGCAAGUUGGGCAGGAUGGAGGUUUUGUUUGGUGUUUUACUGAUGCAUAGUAUGCAUGGAUUUUAUUUCUUAGAGCUGAAUACUACAGGCAAAAUGGACAGUGUGAACCAUUCUCUGGAUCGUACCAACAAUUCAAUUUUUGAUUUAUUUGGUUAUCAGAAUUUUACAGCGAAUGAGAAUACUAGUGGAUCGGCGAUUAUGGAUUACACAGUAAUGCUAGCACCUGUAGCAUAUAGGAAUGCUACCCAAACGCGGGUGACCGGAGCGUCUGCCUCGACCUCACUGUCCACUGCAGAGCAUAUACUGGUACCGCUGUUAUCACAACCUCUGUCGUCAAUGGGUUCCUUAUCUCUCCCUGUCAAAGACGUUACAAGACUGUGUCACUGCAAUCAACUGAAGAACAGAUGUGAUGUAAACUGCUGCUGCGACCCUGACUGUACUAAAGAACUGUCUCUCUUUAACAGCUGUUCUGUAAAGAAAGUCAGUGGUAAUACAAACCUUUGCAAUCAGGAUGCUGCCUAUUAUGUGCUUGGGGAGACUGCAGAAGGCUUUGCUGAAAUACAGACAUUUAUCCAGAGAGAUGUCUACCAUAACAUCUUGUGCAUUCAAUUCUCAACCUACGAGUUAGGACUCAACCACGCCAUUGAAGUGGUGCCAAGUUUGGGGAACUUUGAUGGCCUCUUCAGACGUUUUGCUGAGUUUAGCUUUAGUUCUGAUUGGGGCCAUGGCACAUUGUCCAAAAUGGAUCAAGUAACCUCGUCUGAGUACCUGUAUGGGGAUGUGAUGGUAACAGAGGAAGAAAAUGGUAACAAAGGAUUCUUACGAUUGCCUGCCCCCUCCGUCACAACUGACUGCCUUGACAUGAACCCUGCAGCAUUCUUAAGGGACCAAACGACAAAAUGCUCACGGAGCCUUUUCAUAGACAACGACUGUACCUCCCUGCCGGCCCUGAACAUGCAGAGCUACACUGGCAUUCACCUUUAUUCCGGGAAGAAUGAAGGCGCUACAAGUGUUGCUGUUGAGAUUGCAUCCAUCACCUACCAGUCCUUGGCAGGUACUCUAUCUCCACUGCAGCUCACUAGUGACCAGAGCCUUGACCCAGUUCUGCUCAUCCAAGGGGUAGAGCCAGCAGUGUGUAUGAACGUGGUACUCCAGGUUGACUAUUUGGUCUUAUACAAUGAGGCUGGUGAAAUUCUGAACUUGUCUGUGGCGUUGAUUCUUGGAAACCUAAAUGCAGAAUUGAUGCCAAUGAACCAAGAGUUUCGGAUUAAGUUUGUCCAGAAAAAAGCUGAGAAGGUGUCUGUCCAGUACAGUGGGAAUCCAGGGUACGUGAUGGGGCUUGCGUUAGUUUCGGGAUCAAGAAGAGUGGAUGGAAUAGUUCAGAGUUCAGAUCCCAAGGGAAACAUUACCCUUUUCAAAGGCACUGAAUUGGAGGACUGUCUCAGAGGGCCACAUCAACGCUCCCCUGUCUUAUUUGGAGUUAAUAUGUUAUCUGGCUGUACAUUAAGGCUAGAGGAGACGGCAAACUGCUCUCAACUGUCAAAUGGCAUACUGGGUGUGCUAAGGGGACAAGACUUUCCUGAAUAUGUGGCCUCCUUUGGGAACUCCCAAUCUCAAAAUCCAAUGGACUGGGUACCAAUCGAGAACAGUAAAGCAAUUAUGGAACCACAUAUUUGCAGUAUCCCCCUAUCCUUUGAUUUGGAGGUGAAAUGGACCAGCUAUGGAUCCUUGAUGAACCCUCAGGCUCAGAUCGUGAGCGUCAAAGAAGUGAUUCCUACAAACACCAGCAACUUGGCCUUACUCUCUGGAAGUAGCCGAGUCAUUUACGUGACAAGUUCAGUGACCUUCAUCCCUGUGCAAGCAGCCACACUGCCUGGUUAUAAGGCCACUCCGACUUUUGACGCCAAGCUGCCGUAUGACUUUUUCUAUCCCUUUGUGUAAACAUGUUCACCAAAAUUAGAUUUUUUCAGUCAUCUGCUAUGCAGAUACAACAUGAAUAAUACCCAUUGACUGUUUUAAUGGAUAACAUUAUUAUUUAUUUGAAUAAAGUAACAUUGUUUUAAUAAUU